UUCACACGUGUCAAGGACCUUUCACUUUUGGAAUACUUGAAUACCAACAAAUGCGAAUACCUAACCAAUUUUACUUUACCUAAAUCUCCAUCUAUCUCUUUUAAACUUACCACACCCAACCAGAGCCUAUUUAAAUGCAAUCGCACUCUUGAUUCUAAUUCCUAUAAAAAAUUUAAAUAUAUGAGCUGCGGAGACCAUAAUUUCUACUAUACUCAUUCAAACGAGAGUACUCCGAGUAUUAUUUCUUCUCAAUGUUCGAUUAUUCAGCUCCCAGUUAAAGAGCGUUCAGAUAACAAUGAACUGAAUUUAACUGCUGAGUUCGACCUUGAAGUGCAUGUAUCUGCUGCUUGUAGCAGUUGUCGUGGUAGAGGAGGUCAAUGCUUCGAUGACAGUAAGGGAAAAUUUAGUUGUUCCCAUGACAACAAAAAAUCAGAAAAUAAAAAGAAGGUCAAUUUGCUUUUAGGAUUCGGUGUUGUAUACCCAGUCAUUUCCAUUAUUUUCUUGUUCAUCAUCCGGCGUCAUUAUAAGAAAAGAAGUGCGUCUUCAAACUUGCUGGCAAGGAAUAUUUUUUCAGAUCCAUCUUCAAGAUCAGACGUGGAAGGUGGGAGUGUUUACUUUGGAGUCCCUGUUUUCUCCUACAGUGAACUUGAAGAAGCCACCAAUAGUUUUGAUAUUGAAAAAGAACUUGGGGAUGGUGGAUUUGGAACCGUUUACCAUGGCAAACUCCAAGACGGGAGAGAAGUUGCAGUGAAGCGCUUGUAUGGGCACAACUAUAGACGAGUACAACAGUUCAUAAAUGAAGUUGAAAUCCUAACACGCUUGCGCCACAAAAAUCUUGUCUCCCUUUAUGGGUGUACUUCACGCCACUGUCGUGAACUUCUCCUUGUGUAUGAAUACAUUCCCAAUGGCACCGUUGCUGAUCAUAUUUAUGGCAAUCGAGCAACACCAGGUUCACUCACAUGGCCAACUCGUAUGAGAAUUGCUAUUGAAACCGCCAGUGCAUUGGCUUACCUCCAUGCUUCUGACAUCAUACAUCGCGACAUAAAGACUAACAACAUUCUCUUGGACGACAAUUUCUUUAUCAAAGUUGCAGAUUUUGGGCUUUCUCGGCUGUUCCCCAAUGAUGUUAGUCAUGUCUCAACAUCUCCUCAAGGUACUCCGGGCUACGUUGAUCCAGAAUAUCACCAAUGCUACCAGCUUACUAGUAAGAGUGAUGUCUACAGCUUUGGGGUUGUCCUCAUUGAGCUCAUUUCAUCUCUGCCGGCUGUUGAUAUACUUAGGCAUAAGCAUGAAAUUAAUUUGGCCAACUUUGCCAAAAACAAGAUUGAAAAGAGUGCAUUCCACGAGUUGAUCGACCCUCAUCUUGGAUUUGAGUCAGAUGAUGGAGUUAGAACGAUGACCAUUUUGGUGGCAAAGUUGGCUUUUCAAUGUUUACAACAGGACAAGGAAAUGAGGCCUUCCAUGGAUGAGGUAUUGGUGGCUUUAAAGAAGAUUCAAUGUGGUGACGAUGUGCCAGAGCAAUCAGCUUCACCCUAUCGUGAUGAGGUUGGAUUGUUGAAGAAUAAGCGGCAGCCACUUCCACCAGAGGCUGUAACCGAUAAUUGGACUAGUAGGUCUGCUACACCUAAUGUCAGUGGUUAAAUUUCUUCUCAUGCUGCUAAUUUUUCAAGUAGAUGAUAAGAUUUUUGUUUCGCACUCAGUGUCGAACAGAUGCAUUGAGUGGGAUGAAAUUUCAUUUUUUUCUCAUCCACUUGUUUGGAUGUGCAUCAAGGCAUGUUAUUGAAUAUGUUGCUGUGAGGGAAUGGACCUGAACCACGUAAUAAAUUUUAU